UCCUCACGAAUCAACCUGUACACGUUACGAAAAUACAUUAUAAUGCAUGACUUUGUAGUACAUUGUAGUACGGUUUGUAUAGUAUGUAUACAGUACAUGGCAUAAUAUAAUUGACUGUGUAGUGUUUUAUAAGGUAUAAUGCAGUGUGCAGAAUUAGAAUGAUGUUGUGUAGUGAAAUAUUUAAAGUAAAAUAUAGUGCAGGGGACGAGCAAUAUAUUAAAAAAAAAAACCGCUUUAUCAGAGGGCGUGGUCAAACUGACGCGCGUUCACGUCGUCCCUGACAGACAGGCGCGUUCCCGACGCGUGGGUGGCGGGGGGGAAGAAGAGCAAGAUGACGACGUGGAUGGCGGCGGUCGUCCCCGCUCGCUCCCCCAGCGCUCGCGUCCUCGUCCCCGCGGGGGCAGCGCCCGCAUCCCCGCCGGGGGUCCACUAGACGCGUCCCCUGCUUGGCCUCGCUCCCCCCGCGCUCGGGCUCAUUAUUAUUCCUUUAUACAUAUUUCCACCCCCCCCCCCCAAAAAAAAAAAAAAUACUUGAUGGAUAACGCGCACGCCCACUGAGCCAAGAUGGAGACCAUGGAGAGGGAGUGCAGCGCGCUGGGGGGACUCUUCCAGAACGUCAUCGCGGACAUGAAGGGCAGCUACCCGGUGUGGGAGGACUUUGUCAGCAAAGCCAGCAAACUGCAGUCGCAGCUCAGGACGACGGUGGUGGCGGUGGCGGCCUUCCUGGACGCCUUCCAGAAGGUGGCGGACAUGGCGACCGGCAGCCGAGGGGCGACGAGGGACAUUGGCUCAGCGCUCACCAGGAUGUGCAUGAGGCACCGGAGCAUCGAGGCCAAACUCAAACAGUUCUCCACGUUGUUUGUGGACUGCCUCAUCAACCCGCUCCAGGAGCAGAUGGAGGAGUGGAAGCGGGUCGCCAACACGCUGGACAAGGACCACGCCAAAGAGUACAAGAAAGCGCGGCAGGAGAUCAAGAAGAGAUCGUCGGACACGCUGAAGCUGCAGAAGAAAGCCAAGAAAGCCGACGUGUUCGGCCGCGGGGACAUCCAGCCGCAAUUGGACAGCGCCAAACAGGAAGUGAGCGACAAGUACUUCCUGCUGGAGGAGGCGGAGAAGCAGGCGGUGCGGAGAGCCAUGGUGGAGGAGAGGAGCCGCUUCUGCUGCGUGGUCGCCAUGCUCAGGCCCGUCGUGGAAGAGGAGAUGUCCAUGCUUGGGGAGAUCAGCCACCUUCAGGCGCUGACCGACGACCUGAAGAUCCUAACCAUGGACCCGCACAAGCUGCCGGCGUCCAGUGAACAGGUGAUCGUUGACCUGAAGGCGUCAGAGUGCGCCUGGUCCUAUCAGACUCCGCCCUCGUCUCCCAGCACCACCGUCUCCAGGAAGUCCAGCAUGUGCAGCAGCCUGAACAGCGUGAACAGCAGCGACUCCCGUUCCAGCGGCUCCCGCUGCCACUCUCCCACCUCGCACUUCCGCUACCGGGCCGCCUCCUCGUCCUCCUCGGCUCUGGCGCAGCAGGCGCCGGCCCGCCUGUCCUCGGUGUCCUCCCACGACUCGGGCUUCGUCUCGCAAGACGCCUCCCAGUCCAAGUCCCCUUCUCCCAUGCCUCCGGACCCCUCGCAGUUGUCCAACGGUUUUGACCGUCUCGCUCACCCCUGGCCGAGCGGCGUGCCGCGACAAGACAUCCGCUUCCGCUCGCCAUCCUUCCCCCCCUCAUCCUCAUCAUCCUCCACCGCCACCUCGCCCCCGUCGCCGACCCAUUGGCCCGUCCGGUCUCCUCGUUUGGCCGACUUCUCGCCACUGUCCUGGUCCGUGACUUCGUCUUCGAGCCGGGUCCCGUCCUGGAAGGACUGGGCCAAGCCGGGCCCGUACGAUCAGCCCAUGUUCAACGCCCUGAGGAAGGGCAAGGAGAGGAGGGAGGCUGUUGACCCCCAAGCGGAGGACCUGCAAGGGGGCAAGGGAAGCCCCCGUGUGACAUCACCGAAGGAGGACAGGGAAGCCCACGUGGAGCUGGCGAGGGCACUGGCCCGCAGUCUCCACUUGGAUCUCCAGGGCUCCAGCAGGGACUCGCUGCAGGGCUCCAGCGGCUACAGCAGUCAAACCAACACACCGUGCUGCUCCGAGGACGCGGCCUCCACGCAAGACUGCGACUACUUCUCCACGGCAGCGGAUCACGAAGGCGACCGUCGCAAUCCCGACGCGGACAAGUCGCCCGGCGUCCCGCGGCCCGGGGACCUCUCUCACUCCUGCCGCCGCUUGUUCCAGUCCAAGCGCCCCGGGUCAUCCUGCGUGCCUCCCGGCCCCUCGGCGGUGGUCCCCCCGGGGGUGGCCACCAUUCGCCGGACGCCGUCCUCCAAACCCAACUUGAGACGCCAGUCGGGAGGCCUCGCUUUGGGCCCGGUCCCCAUCAAGCCACCCAUGGUCCCGGUCAAGACACCCACCGUGCCGGACCACGCCGGCUUCCCUCGGGCCAGAGCAUCUGAGGACGCCAGCGCGCCGCGGACCCCCAAGAGCCCCCCAGGCACUCCCCUCUCACCAGGGAGCAGUGGAACCUUUUCGCCUCACUUUGAUCACUGCCGGGGGCCCGAGCCGGAGCGACGUCCUCUGCCGGAGCUCCUGGAAGAGACGGAACACGGAGAUGGCGUGGACGACUUCCUGGUGGCAAUCCGGCGCGGCGUCAAGCUGAAGCGAACGACGACCAACGACCGUUCGGCACCCAGGAUCCACUGAGUCCGCGAUGCGAGUUUUGCGACCGGGCCUUCAAAGACUUUACGAACCGACGCGGACCAACAGUUUCUCCGACGCUGCAGCAGUUUUGUCGCAACAGUCACGCAUUUCCCCGUCUGGGACUUCCCCGACUGGAGCGCUUAUCCCUUUAGCAGUCAGGAAUCAGACUCUUCUGGAGGACGUUUUGUCCGGGACGUGUCAAACGUGAGCGUCAGGCGUCAAAACGCGGCGGUCAAUCCCUCCGUAGAUGUCUCAAGUGCCAAAAUCUGCUCCAGUAUCUCAUUUAUUCUGCCUCACUCGGCCGCAAGGACAGAAGUGACGACAGGACGCUGGAGUUUGCCUUCGGUCUGAAAGUGUUUCGCAUGUUGUUGCUCUUGUCGUCGAUUAUUUAGCGUCGUCUCCGACCGGUUUGUCACAUCCCCACUACGGUGCGUGAGCCGAUAACGUUGCGUUUUUACAGUUUAUUUUCGGAGAGGCGGACAGAGGUCAAGUCAGGUGGAGUUUAUUUGACAUGUUGGAUACGUUGACGUGCGUGUAAUUAUGUAUAAAAGACUUACGGCCUACAAGUAACGAUCUUAGCGUAGACGCGCUCGUGUUGUAACCCUAGUGGACGGAAAGGAUAAGGAUAAGAAUUCGUGACUAGUUGAUUGUCGUCGAUCACCAGCGAAGCGAGGGAUCGCCUUCUCAACCUUCUCGUACAUCGUCAACUAUCGCGUCAGCCGGUUCACAACCGAAGCGCUACAAGCGUACUGAAGUAGAAUUUGCAGCUCCAGAGAGUUCGUGAGUGUCCGAUAGUUUGCGUUUGUGUUUAGCCGCUGAUACGGAUUCCUCGGUUGCUGUCGUCGAGUCGAUGCUGUGUACCGUACUGUAUUCAUUUCCGUCUUUUACGACGCGGCGUUACUCGGGAGCGUUUCCUGACCGGUUGCCGUCCUUCCGAAUGCGUCCGCAGGGCCAGGACGCCCGUUUGGGUCGGGCCUGCGAGACCGCCGGGCUCUUGUCUGUGGUGUGGCUGAUGCGCCGAGCAGAUGAAGCCGAAUGUGACGGGCCUCCGAAAGUUGUACGCUCGCGACGGUUUCAGCCUUGAAGAGUUCAAUACAGAAAUGAUAAUAAUAAAGAGAAACUGUCGGGUCCCGGGUGUGUGAC